AUUUGAAAGCCCGGGCAAAAUCCAGGAAACAAACAACUAACCACUCCUCCUUUGAAAAUGUCAACAACCAAACCACCAUUCAACAACAAAAGUAACAACUGAAUCAAAUGAUUCAAUAUUAUCUCUCUCUCUCUCUCUCUCUCUCCAAUUCUAUCAAAAAAUCCAUGGCUUCAAAAUUUUAUCCAUGGAUAGUUCUCUUCCAGUUCCUCGUGUUCGUCUCCGUUGUUCCUUCCUUUUUUUGUCAAUUGGAUUCACCACGAAACAUUCAGACCGUUUACCCAUUUCGAAUUUCAGUUCCUACACCACGGCCGCCGCCGCCACCACCGCUGCCACCGCCACCAUCACCACCACAACGAGGUAAGUCGUCUUCAAAAGGGACUGUUGUUAAGGCGGUUGUUGCAACCGCGGCAAGCACUUUAGUCCUAUCCUUGUUCUUCUUCUUGGUGCUUCAGAAGUACUCACAGAAAAGGAAAGAGAAUGGUAAUGGUAAUAAUACUAGUGUUCCUUAUUAUAGCCGGAGGAGGAGCGAUCCAACAGUGGCUCCUAAUGAAUUUACGCGAUUUGAUGGGAAUGUGAGAGGGGUAAUUAUCGAUGAGGAUGGUUUGGAUGUGCUUUAUUGGAGGAAUCUACAAGGGGGUAAAAGAAAGAAAAGUUUCAGAAAAGAGGUAUUUAAUGGCAAUUCCAAGGAGGAAGAGAAAAAAAUGAGUAGCAAAAGUGAAAGGCAAGAUAAUAAAGCUGAAAAUCUUGUACAUGAAAUUCCUCUGCUCCGUGUCAAGUCUUCAACUUCACAAGGCUACUCAAUUCCACCACCACGGCCCCUGGCAUCUGUAUUCGCUAUUCCAAAUACGCGUAGUCCUGCACCACGACCACCACCACCUCCUGUGGAAUCUGUAUUUGCUAUUCCAAAUACGGGUAGUCCUGCACCACCACCACCACCACCACCUGUGGAAUCUGUAUUUGCUAUUCCAAAUAUGCGUAGUCCUGCACCGCCACCACUAUCUGUGGAAUCUGUAUUUGCUAUUCCAAAUACGCGUAGUCCUGCACCACCACCACCACCACCUCCUGUGGAAUCUGUAUUUGCUAUUCCAAAUACGCGUAGUCCUGCACCACCACCACCACCACCACCUCCUCUUGUGGAAUCUGUAUUUGCUAUUCCAAAUACGCGUAGUCCUGCACCACCACCACCACCUCCUCCUGUGGAAUCUGUAUUUGCUAUUCCAAAUACACGUAGUCCUGCACCACCACCACCACCACCACCUCCUCCUGUGGAAUCUGUAUUUGCAAUUCCAAAUACGCGUAGUCCUGCGCCGCCACCACCACCUAUGGAAUCUGUAUUUGUUAUUCCAAAUACACGUAGUCCCGCACCACCACCACCACCGCCUGUGGCAUCUAUAUUGGCUAUUCCAAAUAGGCAACGUCCGGCGCCACCUCCUCCUCCUCCUCCAUCAAUCCCAGCUAAAAAAGGUCCUGCACCACCACCUCCACCACCUAAAGCGCCCGGUCUCGCUUCAUCAUCCAAACCACUGCCACCGCCAAAAGGAAUCCCAAGCAGCAACAAACAAAGCGAGUCUUUGUCUAGAGAAGGCUCGACAGGUGAUGGGAACGGUCAGGUUAAACUUAAGCCCCUGCACUGGGACAAGGUGAAUCCUAAUGUUGAUCAUUCAAUGGUGUGGCACAAAAUUGAUGGUGGUUCCUUCAGAUUUGACGAUGAUCUAAUGGAAGCGCUCUUCGGAAAUGUUGCAUCUGCCCGGCAAUCCCCUAAAGCAAACAGCAGCUCAUCAAGUCCAAAAAGCGAAAAGUCAAAUCCACGCUCUCGGGUUUUCAUACUCGAUGCAAGGAAGUCCCAAAACACGGCAAUUGUGCUAAGAUCGUUAGCCAUUUCUCGCAAUGAAGUCAUUGACUCGCUCAUCGAAGGCCAAGGUCUAGAUAGCGACACACUUGAGAAACUCACAAAAAUAGCCCCAACCAAAGAAGAAGAAUCUGAAAUCCUUGCAUUUGAUGGAGACCCAACAAGACUAGCUGAUGCUGAAUCCUUCCUCUACCACCUCCUCGGCGCUGUUCCAUCGGCUUUCACUCGCUUCAAUGCCAUGCUUUUCCGAUCCAAUUACAAUUCAGAGAUUCUCCACCUAAAGGAAACUUUACAAACACUUGAUUUGGCAUGCAAGGAGCUCCGGACACGCGGGCUCUUCUUGAAACUUCUAGAAGCCAUCCUCAAGGCCGGCAAUCGAAUGAAUGCUGGAACUUCAAGAGGAAAUGCACAAGCUUUCAGCCUCACCACUCUUCGAAAGCUCUCUGAUGUCAAAAGCAUAGACGGAAAAACCACAUUACUACACUUUGUCGUGGAAGAAGUAGUCCGAGCUGAGGGUAAACGUUGUGUUCUCAAUAAAAAUCGCAGCUUAAGUCGCAACAGUAGCCGUAGCAACAAUGACACUGCUCGAAACUCUGACAAUUUGACAUCAAAAGAUGAUAAAGAGAGGGAAUAUACGAAACUCGGGUUACCAGUAGUAGGGGGACUUAGUUCUGAGUUUUCGAAUGUAAAGAAAGCAGCCACAAUGGACUACGAUGCAUUGGUUAAAACGUGCUCGGUUCUAACAGCCCACAUUGAUGAAAUUCGACAAGUUUUGACACGAUGCGGGGACAGUGAAGGAGGAUUUGUAAGGGAGAUGAAAAGUUUUCUUCAAGUUGCAGGACAAGAAGUUGAAGUAGUAAAACAAGAGCAAACAAAAGUGAUGGAGCUUGUGAAGAGAACAACAGAGUACUAUCAAGCAGGGGCUUCUAAGGAUAAGGAAAAAAACCCACUUCAACUAUUUAUCAUUGUCAAAGAUUUCUUGGGCAUGGUUGAUCAAGCUUGCAUUGAUAUCGCGAGAAAUCUGCAAAAGAGGAAGACAACAACAAAAACAAAUGCGGGAUCAACAUCGUCACCAAAGUCCCCGGAAAGUAGGAAUGCGGUUAAAUUCCCAAGAUUGCCGGAAAAUUUCAUGUCGGACAAGUCGAAGAGCAGUUCUAGUGAAUCAGAUGAUGAUUUCUAAAGAGGCCUCAAAUGCAGUAAAGGUAGAUGAACAUAUAAUGCUAGGUACCUAAUUAACGUGACUUCAGUGAUUCAAAUAUGUUAAUUCUUUUGAAAAUGUUAGUAGUACUAUUUCAUCUUCUCUUUUGUUGGCUAGAAUUUUCCUUGGAAAGAAACAAUUGAAGUGUGAUGAACUGCUACAAAGGAGGAGAGUUUUUCGUCUUACAAAUUUUUUUUUAUUUUUUUCAUAGAAAUGUAAUGAAUUGUAUAUGUGCUGAAAAUUUUCUUGUAAAUAACUUUAAACACCAAGGCAUUGUUUUGCAAGGUUCAGAUCUUCUUCU